AACAUGCCCCACUCGCGCAGAGAAAGUCUUAAUAAAUAGACCCUCAUCAUACACGACGAUCAUUUAGUUGGAUUGCGUGCCUGCGAGUGUGAAUAGCUACAAGCUUAAAUGAAGUUUUUGCAUCAAAAGAGGAAAUAAAAAAUAAAUAUAAAAAUAUACUCGCGAAAGUAGUCAUUGAUUAUUAGCGGUGCACUAUUAUAGUCACUGUGCCAUUAGUGUGAUAGGAUAUACACAGCCAGAACCAUGGCGCGUGUAAAGCAAUUAAGUGCAUUUCUAAUUUUAUCAUUACUUGUGCUCUUUGUGAGCGCUGAUGUUAGAGUUAAAAGACAAGACGAUGAUGAUAACCAAGAGCAGAAUAUCGAUGAGUUGUGCCAAGACAGAGCCGCUGAUGAAUACUUCCGAUUAUCUUCAGAUGGUGACUGCCGUGAUGUUGUCAGGUGUGAUAAUUCUGGUGAGACGAACAUUUUUCGUUUGGCGCCUAUUCGAUGUCCGAGCGGCUUAGCGUUCGACGUUGAACGUCAAACAUGUGAUUGGAAGACAAAUGUUAAAAAUUGUAAAGAUGUAGAAAAACCAAGAAAAGUAUUGCCCAUUUUGAAGACAGAUGAGCCCAUUUGUCCAGAAGGAAAAUUGUCAUGUGGUAAUGGUGAAUGUAUAGAGAAAGAGCUAUUUUGUAAUGACAAGCCUGAUUGUAAGGAUGAGUCUGAUGAAAAUGCUUGUACUGUUGAUUUAGAUCCAAAUCGUGCACCUGAUUGUGAUCCAACACAGUGUGUAUUACCUGAUUGCUUCUGUUCAGCUGAUGGUACACGAAUUCCAGGCAAUAUUGAGCCAUCACAAGUGCCACAAAUGAUUACAAUCACAUUUAAUGGAGCAGUUAAUGUUGACAAUAUUGAUUUGUACGAUGAUAUUUUCAAUGGACAACGUAACAAUCCAAAUGGAUGUCAAAUUCGUGGAACAUUCUUCGCAUCACAUAAAUAUACCAAUUAUUCAGCUGUACAAGAUUUGCAUCGUCGCGGUCAUGAAAUUUCAGUAUUCUCGCUUACACAUAAAGAUGAUCCAAAAUAUUGGACAUCGGGUACAUACGAUGACUGGUUGGCAGAGAUGGCUGGCGCCCGUUUGAUUGUUGAACGCUUUGCCAACAUUACUGAUGGUAGUAUUAUUGGCAUUCGUGCUCCUUAUUUGCGCGUUGGUGGCAAUAAACAAUUUGAAAUGAUGGCAGAUCAGUUCUUUGUUUAUGAUGCAUCCAUCACUGCAUCAUUGGGACGUGUUCCAAUUUGGCCAUAUACACUCUACUUCCGUAUGCCACAUAAGUGUAACGGAAAUGCACAUAACUGUCCAUCUCGAAGCCAUCCAGUAUGGGAAAUGGUUAUGAAUGAAUUGGAUAGACGAGACGAUCCAACAUUUGAUGAAUCAUUGCCCGGUUGUCAUAUGGUCGACUCAUGCUCAAACAUCCAAAGCGGAGAACAAUUCGGUAGACUUUUACGUCACAACUUCAAUCGUCACUACAAUACCAACCGUGCUCCAUUAGGUCUCCACUUCCAUGCAUCAUGGCUUAAAUCCAAGAAAGAAUACCGUGAAGAAUUGAUUAACUUUAUCGAAGAAAUGUUGGGACGUAAUGAUGUUUUCUUUGUCACAAUGUUACAAGUCAUCCAAUGGAUGCAAAAUCCAACUGAAUUGAAUUCACUCAGAGAUUUCCAAGAAUGGAAAGAAAAGUGUGAUGUUAAGGGUCAACCUUAUUGCUCACUUCCUAAUGCCUGCCCACUAACAACAAGAGAACUCCCAGGCGAGACAUUACGUUUAUUCACAUGUAUGGAAUGUCCUGAUACAUACCCAUGGUUACUCAAUCCAACAGGAGAUGGUUUUGUAGCUAAAUAAAAAAAUAUAUUUUGUAGCAAUUUAGAAAAUAGAAACUUUUUCCCAUACACAAUUUUACAUUGUUAUCCCUCCUUCCUCCCCCUCAAACCUUUUUGUUUAAUUCCAUAGAGUUCUUGUAGUUUUUAUACUUUUUGAGAUUCAGAAAAAAAUUUUUGUUCCGUACUGAAAAAAUAUAUUUUUUGUAAUAACAAGCACAAGAAAGUCUAUAAAUUAAUGAUGAAAAUAAAAAACAAGAUUUUUUGUUUUGAAAUAAAAUCAAAAAUAAAAGAAAAAAAAAUAUCGAA